AUGGUUAUUCUUCAAAGGAGGGACGAUCACGAGCUGCUCUACAAGAAGGAGGGUAGGAUGGUUUGUGCGUGGGCUUUGUUCCUCGUCCUCAUGCUCCGUUUUGAAAGAGCUGGCUGGAUGUUCAGUUAUUUUUUAACCAGCAAAGAAAACUGAUUGGCCCUGUUCGCCACACGAGCAGAAGGGUGUACCACAGCGGGAAAGCCACGGGGGGUCAAUGGGGAGGAAGGCUAAGGCGGAGCCCAGGACGGCAGCUGUAGUCGGAGAGGCUAGGCUGGUAGAGACAAGUGAUGGGGCUGGCAACCAGCAGAAAAAAAAAAGAUUGCCGUGGGCCGACGGCUGCUUCC